UAUUGAGUGAGGGAUGGAUAAAAAUAGUGAGGGGUGGGAUGGAUGGAUUGAGAGAAGAGGGAGGGAUGGAUAGAUGGGGAUGAUGAAAGAGAGAGGGUAGGUGAGGGUGGAGAGAGAGAUGGCUAGAGAGAGAGUGGGAUGGAUGGAGCGAUUGAUUUGAAAAAGAAAAGUAGGCUGACGUUUUCCUGCACAAUUCCUUAUAAACACUUUAUAAACCUCGAUAAUUGACUCCACUGUUGCGUUCUUUCCUUCAUUAAAAAAGAUAUUUUAAAAAUAUUUCCUUUUUUCAAAUCCCAUGACUUAUCCUGAACAAAAGUUUCUGUAUUAGAAAUACUCAAAAAACUCAAAUCAACAAAUCAUGUGAUUUAAUAUUAUUUUCAAUACACUUUAAAUAAAACUCAGAAAUCUGAUAAGAAGCCAUGGAUUCAGGACUCUCUCCCUCUUGAUGCCUCUACAGCAGUAUUGUAAAGAUCAGGGUUUGUUAAAUGAAGCUGUGAGUCUGAAAUCCUGACCUUUUUAACCACAUGAUUUACCUCUGACCAGUCUGAAAACAUUCUCACAUCUAUUCACAUGUAAAUGUCUGCUCGGUCUGAACAGAUUUUAUAUUCUUGGUGUUUUUUCAUGUCCACUGGGAGGCCAAUUUUUUAUAAUAAUAAUAAGACGAGACUAACAACUGGGCCAUAAAGAAAUCUGAUUUUUUUUUUUUUUUUUUUUUUUCCUCUCUACAUGAAAUCCAGAGAAUGUCCAGAUCACUGAAGUAAAGAUCUGCAACCUAUUUUGUAGUUUAUACUAAAAAUAUGAAUCAGAUUAAAUUCCAGACUAAUCUCCAGUGACUGGACUCUGCUAACACUAUUUCAAUCUAUAGAUAUUUUCAAUCACGUUAAAAGUCCAACAAUUUCCUUAAAUGUCUGAGACCUCGAUCCAACUCUUUCUCCGACUGGCCAGUGUUUUGAGCUCAAUGCGAUGUCUUUCAGCUAAUCCCUCUGUCUGAAGACUCGCUCUGAAGGUGUGAAAGCCGUGUCUGAAGGCCGCCAGCCACACCGAUAACGGCUGGUCAUUAUCUGCUCCAACUGGCCGUAUCAAAAGACUCGGCGUCCGCCGUUUGAUGUUUGAAGGGUCAUUUUGUUGAACCAUUGAGCAGACCAGAUGUGAUCAAAGUAAAAAGACGAGAUUUUAUUUUUUUUAAUGCAGACGGGAGAUCCAGAGUGAAUUGAAAUUUAUCAACAGGGGGGGAAAAAAAGUUCAUGAAAAUAAAUUAAUGGAUUUUAUUGACCUACAGAUAAAGAUGAGAAGUUCCACUGGAUCAUAGUGUCCAUGAAUUUUUUUUUCUUUUAUUUAUUUUAUUUGGAUGUUUUUGAUUGCUCACAGUUUUAAUUGAAUGGAUUUUCUUUUACACUUCAAAAACUCAAAAACAAGCCAAGCUACAAAUAAUCAAUAGAAAUUUCUCUAGCUCAAAUACAAAGCUGAAAUUUUGCUAUAUUUUUAAUUAAUGAGGGAAGGAGAAGCGUGUGUGAAAUUUAUUUUACAUUUCAAAAUAUUAAAUUGUUUGAGAGCUCUUUCGGGUCCAGAUCUCCAUUCCUCUCCCUUGGGAAAUGAAACCCGGUUCCUCGCUGGUUCUUUGGAUAAUUCUGGUCAUCUUUCUUUAACUCCAAAACCCAUUUUCAUUGAGAAACACUAAGGUUUGAUGUAGAACGUUUCUCAUCAGCUGAACAAACUGAAUAAUGCUUUUUGUGGUUGCCCCCCCCCCCAUAUCUUCUCAGCUUCUUCUGUAUAAUGCUAGCCAUCAUAUCCAUGCUCUAAAUUGAAUAAUACAUUAAACCAGGGUUUUAACCUGAUUUAUAUGAAUAAAUAUCUAGAUAUAGAUCUAUGUCUGAAUCAGAUUAAGUAUGCUCAAAGGCACGACUCCCUCAUCAGGUGUGACUGGCUGCUGAUGAACCAUCAAGAAGAUCAGUGUUGUGUAUUGAAGCACUAAAACCUGAGAAUGAUGGUAUGCAGGAGACGUAUGAGAAGAUGAAGUACUUAAUAAAAUAAAAUAAUGAAACAUCUGGAAUUUGGAUGAGAGAGUACUAAAUAAAAUAAUUAGUACCCAGGAAUGGUGUUUGAACUUUCAUUAUGCCUGUUUUACCUGGGAAUGUAGGUUUAGCAGCACCUUCAGGUGCAAGUAGUCGGCUUACAAAUAGUCAGCUUUUGCUAAAUUGGAUCUUUUAUCGCUGGGUUUGGUUCCUUCAAUCUUUAGCAUAUGAUCUACUUUAUUUUAAAAAAUAUUUACAGUCCAGUGAUGUUGGUGUGCCUUUGGAUUUAUCCAAAUCAAUAAUUUCCAUCAUUAGAUGCUUUUUUGUAUUAUUAUUAAUUAAUUAUUAUUACUAUUAUUUUAUUUAUUUAUUUAUUUAUUGGGAAAUCCUCUAAACCAUAACCUGUAGCUUCUCAUGUGGCUUCAAGAAGUUUUUAAAAGUAGAAAAACAAUCAAAAUGAAUUUUUUUUAUUCAUAAAUAAAGUUUAUUUUGCCAGAAAAGCAAACAAUGAGUGUUCUCAUCUUGUAUUUUAACUCUGAUAGCUAGCUAGAUAGAUAGAUUUUGUUUUUUAGUACAAACUGGUGGUGCUGGAGGUCAGGAUUAUGUAGAUGGAGCUAAUGUGAUGGUUAUAUUAGAAACAGCACCAUGUGAUUUUUCUAUGAAGUUUGUUCAUUUGUAUAUUAGUGAAAAAUAAGACAUUUCUGUGAUUGUAUUUGAAUAGAGUGAAUUAUUUUUGAAGGUACACUGCGUCCAGGUGAGAAUACAAGCAUAUUAAAGGGUCCUGAAAGAAAAGGUCUUAUGCAGAUUGGUUUUAUGAUUUAAUUUGUGACUCUAAAUAAGCCUCGUGAGGAGCUGCAGUGAGGAGCCUUCGGCCCCUGGAGCCCGUCUAGGUGCAAUGUUGUCAAUGGAUCCAGGAUGUACUCGGGUAAAAAGCCGUAAAUGUUUUUUCAGCUGAUGUGUAUUCGGGUAAGGAGAGUCCAUUAAGGAAGCACAAACGCGUUGGGUGGAUGCCGCAUUCACGCGUUCGCACCCGCAGCCCCAUCAGCGCGCGCGCAACAACAAAGUGAGACGGAGGGGUCACCGCGGUGCCAGCCGCCCCUUAUCAUCGCACUUCCGGCGCGCUUUGAUCAGCCGGCCGCAGUCAGGACUAUAUAUAUAACCGCAUAACACACACACACACUCAUACACACCUCAACUCGGAUACAAGCAGAAGGACAUGGCGACUCUACACGGUCAACUCUUGAGCACGGAAUACCCACAACACUCCGCGUUGCCUCCAGCCUCCAGCCUGAGCAGGAGCGGCACCAUGCAGCCUACAGACUACAGCUUGUACGAGAGAGCCACUUUGGUGAAGAACAGCAGGCCCAUGAUGGACAGUGCGGCUCUUCUCACACACCGCAGGAAGAGAACCAACUUCACUCAGCAGCAGAUCGAAGUGCUGGAGAAAGUCUACUCAGACACCAAGUACCCGGAUAUCUACCUGCGGGAGAGACUGGAGGCACUGACUGGCUUACCGGAGUCUAGGAUCCAGGUCUGGUUUCAGAACCGACGUGCCAAAUCACGGCGUCAGGUCGGAGCUCCGGUUCCUGUGAAGACCAAAGCAAGCGUUCCCAUCAUCCCAAACAGACCAGCAGCUUCUUACCCCCUUCAUCAUGAGCAGCUGGGGCAGGAGCUGAGAGGCAACUUCACUCAAUCGGGCCAGGAGCUGAGGGGCAUUUUCAAUCAACCGCACCGAGGCUACGACUCGCACUCCAUGUCCUCCUUGUUCGGUCAGGCUAGCAACGAGCGGAUCAGAGUGGACCAGAUGAAGAGAGAGGAGCUGCGGGACCUCCAGCAGUACCACAGGGCAAACGGACACACUCCGGCUCAGAGCAAGCCCGAGCCCUCGGCGAAGCCCAUGCUGGUGGACUAUGACAAUUUCCCUCCGAACAGAACCAUCGGUCCUGACAUGAGAGUGGUCAUCCCUCCGGUCCCGACGCAGGUCAACUUCAUCCCAAACCGGUCGCCACCCACACAGAUGACCUGUCCACUGCAGCACACGCAAGUCAGAGUGCCGCACGACAGCCUGGGUCACUUUUCACCCAUCGGCAGCAGUGACGCCGGAGAUUUUUCCGACUCCGACUCCGACUGGGAGAAAGAAGCCCUGGCUGGAUUGAACGCUUUCAUAUAAUCAAACAUCUUUGUUCUAACCAAUGUUUAAAGAAAAAAGAGAGAUUUUCAAUCAAUUAUUUAUUUUAUAAAUAGUUUCACUAUGUUACUGUUGAAAAAAAAAAAAUAAAAUAAGAGUACGGUGUACAUGAAACGUUG